UGCACAACUAACAGAAAUUAAAGUUUCGCAACAGAUCAAAAUUUAGCUGUAAUCACUGUUAAAUAGUGACCCAAAAGUAUAUCAUUUAUAAAAACAUAUGAAAGGAGAAAGGAGGUAUUAAAGACUAGAGCACUAAAAGUCACAUCAAACAGUGUCCAAUCUCCAACCGACACCAUCAAGCAGACAGAGACUUUAAAUCCAAGCCUAUUCAAGACAAUGGAAGGUAUUGUGACAGAGACAACAUCUCAACCCAAACCCAGCAGCCCAUGGGGCAAGCCAGCUGCACCAGUUGCCUGCAGUUUGGAAGAUGUUAUGAGUGAGCAGCUUGCCAGUGACUUACAACAGCAAGAUCUUUCAAGAGAAUGCCGUGCCGAAGCCUUGGCGGCAGGGAUUGAUAUUGAACCAGAUAUACAAGAUCUGAUCAACAGUGCUAGCAAUGAGGCAGAAACUGGCAGUGAUGUAGCCCUGGCCAGGCUGCUACAGAUACAGUACGAUCAGGAACAUAACGCCUUGCUGCAGGCACAGGAAAAACACUGGAAUGGUACAAACAAGGUGAGGAUAUCCUAUGAGAACUACCAGUGCCCGCACCCAGCCUUCAGGGAGGAUGAGGAUCCGGUUACUGUUGAAGAUGAUUACGAAGAAAAAACAGAGUGGGAAAAAGAUUCUCCGGUAAAAAGUGCUAAAGGUUACAUUGGCAAGGGGAAAAACAUCACUACGAAACAUGACCCUGUGAUCUGUGGACGUAGAAAUGCUUCCAGGAUAAUGGAUUUUCCGCCAGAUUUUGUGAGCGGCGAUGGUGAAGGUAUGGACAUGAUGCUACCAAACCAUGUCUACAAUGCUCUCAAACGUCACAGCGUCAAGGAGAACCAUCGAAACCACAAACUCCAUGACAAAAAGGAGCACUCAACAACUGAGCACGCCAUGGAUCCACGCACUCGUCUCUUACUGUAUAGACUUGUCAACAAUGGAAUACUGGAGUCGAUCAGUGGCAGUAUCAGCACGGGAAAGGAGUCUGUUGUGUUCCAUGCUUAUGGUGGACAGAUAAAGGAUCAGUCUCUUCCAACGGAGGUGGCCAUUAAGGUGUUCAAGACGACGCUCAAUGAGUUUAAGAACCGUGAGCGAUACGUGCACGGGGAUCACCGCUUCGCAAAGGAUGAUUACAAGAAACAGAAUCCCCGAAAAAUCAUCAAAAUGUGGGCAAUGAAGGAGUGUGCCAAUCUCUCCAGAAUGAGGAAGUUUUCCAUUCCGUGUCCUGAAGUACAAGUCCUGAAGAAACAUGUCCUUGUGAUGUCAUUUAUUGGAAGUGAGCAGAGACCUGCGCCGAAACUCAAGGAUGCAAAACUUUCUACGGAAAACUGGGAAGACGCUUAUCAGCAAGUUGUACAGUGUUUACGGAAGCUGUAUCGUGAUUGCGGACUAGUGCAUGCUGACCUCAGUGAGUACAACAUGCUGUGGUGGCAGGACCAGGUGUGGAUCAUUGACGUGAGCCAGUCCGUGGACAUCACACACCCAUCUGCCCUGGAGUUUCUGUAUAGGGACUGCACUAAUGUCUCCUCAUUUUUCAUGAAGUGUGGCGUCCACAAGGUGCUGUCAGCAGAGAGAAUGUUUAACAAGGUCACCAAGCUGGACAUUCAUGGUCAGGGAUCAGACUUUGUCUCACAGGUGCAAAGAUAUGGGAAAGAGAAGAGUGAAGAGCUUCUAGCUCAUCAGGCCAGCGAUAAAAACUACCCCUUUGACUUCUUCUUUGAGCAAUCCAUUCAGGACAGAUCAGACUUCAAUAUUCUUCACAUUUCCGACAGUGAGAGUAAUGAAGAGGAAGAUUUCGAUGAAAAUAAUGACAAAUUGGAACUUGGUGUAAAUGAUACAAGUAAAUCAAGUGAUAACGUUUGUAUUGAAAGAAGUAAUGAUUUGACUGAAAGUGUACAAGAAGGUGUACAUAAGAAAGAGGACACAGAGUAAACUAGUUAAAGAUUUGUGCAGGAUAUGUCUACUUAUUGUUUUACAAUAUCGCAUGUUACAGAACUUCAUCACAGGACAGAGUGUACAACUGAUUAUUGAACAUGUUUUAUGUCUAAUAGUAUAUAUGUCAAUAUAAACAAUGAAAACAAAAUGUUGGUUUAUUGUCAAAAUAACACUUCAUAGUAGUGAUGAAACGAUUAUCGAGUACAUUGAUGAAUCGUCGCUGACAAUGCUAUGUCUGCGACAGUCGAUAGUGGUUGUCCAAAAACGAUGUCGCUAAUGUAACUUCCGGUAACUACGUAUUUUUUUAUGCGGUAAAAGUAGAGUGCGGUGAAUGUAAAUACUUUUGCUUAAAAACUGACAAACUCUCCCAAAAUUACAAAUUGUUUUUAAUUUAAUUGUUUAUAUAUUUCAUAAAACCUCAAUAAUCUAUCGCUAUGGUGUAGUGGGUCCGGUCUUACCUGCAAAUAUCGGGGAUCCCAGCUCGAUGCAUUCUGUUUUUGAAACCUUUUUUGUAUCGUUUGUUAUUAACAAAUUUACUUUUUUGUGAAAGUUUUAUGAAAUUAGGAUAUUUUAAUAAAAUCUUCGAUAUUACCGGUUAUUGGAUGAUGAGCUGGUUAACAAAUAAUUAAUAUGCUUUUACAUGGAUAAAAUGUUAGGAUAAAAUGCUAAGAUAACUGACUUGAUGCGGUAAGCAUCAUUUUGCAAUUGAUGUGCAAUAAUUAAGUUCACAUAUGUGUUUUGUUGUUAUGUUUUGCAUCAUGUUAUUAAAGACAGAAAAAGGUUAUACUUACUGUUGCAUGAAGCAUGAUUAUAGCAUCACACCUGCUGAUUCCAGGUUAAACCAUUUAAAUGAUCAUGGUUAUACUAUAAAGAAUGUAUUCCUAAAUUAUAUUAUAACUUAUAAGCUUUCGAUUAUUGUCCGAUAGUAAAUCGAAAUACUUGGUCCGAUUCGAUUUGAUUAACGAUAGCAAAUGGAGUCUGAUUUUCAAACACUACUUCAUAGUAUGUUCAAAACUUAAAUACAUUUUGUGGAGGUCAACAUGUUCACGCCCUCAGAAAUGUAUGUAUAUUUUAUACAUAAAAUAGACUGUGAUGAUGUUGUUUGGUGAUGGAAAGUUGACUUCAUACAGACAUCAGGUAAAAUGUUAAAGGUACAAAUGUUAGUUGGUUUAUCUGUAUAUUAUGUGAUGAUGUUUGCAUCAAGUCUUUAUACUGUUACUUCCUGCAUGAAUGAGAGUUGGUACAUCCCCACAUAUCCAGUGGCCAAUGUAUCUUGUUUAUUUCAUUCCUAUAUUAAUAAUUCAAUAUAAUUAAAACAUAAUGUAGAAUUUUUAGCUCGACUAUUCGAAGAAUAAGGAGAGCUAUACUACUCGCCCUGGCGUCGGCGUUGGCUCCACCUUGGUUAAGGUUUUGCAUAUAAGCACCUUUAAGUCAUUAUCUCAGUAAAAACAUCAAUUAUUGCAUUGAAACUUUGGAUAUGUAUUCCCAACUAUCUUACAUACUAAAUUAAUGAAGUUAGAUAACAAUUAUUUGAAUAUAAUGCAAAUUAUAGGCCUUUAUUAUUCGACUUAGAAAUUCUGGUUAAGGUUUUGCGUGUAAGCACACAUAGGUUAAUUUCUCAGCAACUACUUGAGGUAUUGCAUUGAUACUUGAUACAAUGGUACUCAACCAUCCAACCUACUAAAUUAACCAAGUUAGAUAACUUUAGUUUCCAUUUAAUGCAAAUAAUUGCCCUUUAUUAUUCGACUAAGAAAUUCUGGUUAAGGUUUUGCGUGUAAGCACACAUAGGUUAAUAUCUCAACAACUACUUGAGGUGUUGCAUUGAGACUUGAUACAAUGGUAGUCAACCAUCCAACCUACUUAAUUAAACAAGUUAGAUAACUCUAGUUUGCAUUUAAUGCAAAAUAAUUGCCCUUUAUUAUUCUGGUUAAGGUUUUGCAUGUAACCACAUUUAAGUCAAUAUCUCAGCAAAUAUAUUAUGUAUUGCAUUGAAACAUUAGAUAUGUAUUCCCAGAUAACACUUUUUUGAAUAUAAUGCAAAUAAUGGGCCUUUAUUAUUUGACUUAGAAAUUCUGGUUAAGGUUUUGCAUGUAAGCACACAUAGGUUAAUAUCUCAGCAAUUACUUGAUGGAUUGCAUUGAGACUUUAUACAAUGGUACUCAACCAUCUACUUAAAUAUCCAAGUAAGAUAACUCCAGUUUGCAUUAAAUUAAAGUAAUGGCCCCUUUUUUAUUUGACAAAGAAAUUCUGGUUAAGGUUUAUGCAUGUAACCACUUUUAAGUCAAUACCUCAGCGAAUACAUCAUGUAUUGCAUUGAAACUUUACACACAGGCUCCCAUCUUUUUAACCUUCUUAUUUAAUCAAGUAAAAUAACUCUAUCUUUUAUAAUAUAUAAUUUUUGCCCCUUUAUUAUGCGACUUAGAAAUUCUGGUUAAGUUCUUGCAUGUUAGCACACAUAGGAUAAUAUCUCAGCAACUAUUUCAUGUAUUGCAUUGAGACUUUAUACAAUGGUAUUCAACCACCCAACUUAAUUGAAUAACCAUGUUAGAUAACUGUAUUUUGCAAAUAAUGGCCCUUUAUUAUUAAACUUAGAAAUUCUCGUUAAUAUUUUGCAUGGAACCACAUUUAUGUUAAUAUCUCAAUACACCAUGUAUUGCAUUGACAUCUAAUCUAACAGUGAUGCAUGCAUGUUUCGCCAAAACUUUUCAAUCCUUACAUUCAAAAGCGGCGGAAUAGUCGAGCGCGCUUGUCUCUGUGACAUCUCUUGUUAAAAAACGUGUUAAAACCAACCAACAUUCACCUUUUUUCUUUAUCAUUGUAUUGCAAUAUUGCGUCAACACAUGAAUUCUGAUACUGUGUGGACACAGUGUGUAAUAUUGACAUUCUGUAUAGUACAAAUAAUUAAUUAAUUGAUAAUGAAAAUUCUAACAUGUUUUAAUAAAGAUCAAAUGUG